AUGACCGAUGUUGCUGUAGUGACGGGUUCUAACAAGGGACUCGGAUUCGCACUAGUAAAAAGGCUUUGUGAAAAGUUCCAUGGAAUUGUAUACUUAACAUCGAGAGAUUCAAAACGGGGGUUUGAGGCGUGUAAAAAAUUAAAAGAAAUAAAUUUAUCACCUCAAUUUUAUGAACUUGAUAUUACUGAUGAUAAAAGUAUAACAAAAUUUAUUACAUAUAUUAAAAACAAGCAUGGUAAAAUUGAUAUUUUAAUUAACAAUGCUGGAGUAUUAUUCCUGAAAGAUGCCCCAGAACCAAAGCUGUUUCAAGCUGAACAGACACUUCUAGUGAACUUUUAUUCUUUGGUAAACUUUACUGAAGCCAUGUUACCGUUAAUAAAAGACAACGGAACUAUUCUAAACAUAUCCAGUUCUUCUGGACACUUGUCAAGGAUACCGUCAAAUUGUAUUAGGCAACGAAUAAGUGCUCCAGACUUGACUUUACAAAACCUAAAAGAUUUAAUGCAAGAAUAUAUUGAAUGUGUAAAAACCAACACCGAGAAUGAAUUGUGGGGUUCUUCUCCGUAUGUAGUUUCAAAGGUAGCUGUUAACGCAUACACCUUUAUGUUAAACAAAGCAUUAAAGUCGAAAGGUAUUCGGGUAAACUGCGUACAUCCCGGAUACGUCAUCUCUGACAUGACGCACGGAGCAGGCUCCGCGACUCCUGAAGAGGGCGCCGUGGUGCCUAUACAACUAGCUUUGGAUCCAGAAAAUGGUGGUUUAUAUGUCUGGCAUGAUGGGACACUGGUUCCAUGGGACGGACCAGAUCCACGAGGAUAUAUUGAUAACAUUCAUUGUUAA